AGCAUCAUAGUAGGUCGCAGAUGGCCGAAGGAACGUGUGAAUACUCCGCAUCUGAGUCAUUCAGGGGAGGACCUACAGACACGGUGUCGGAAGGUGUAUUGGCAAGUAGCAGAAUUUGGGUGGAGAGGGCGAAGUGGGAAGGAAGGUGACGAAAUGUUGCCUAACCGAGAACUUGGGAAUCGGCAGACGUGGAAGGAUGGGGAGCGAGAACGGAUGGGAGCUCUUGUGAAAAGCCCAACAAAAUUCGCACAGUGUCUCCCACGGGUAUGGGAAUUCCUGGCGUUUGAACCUUGCUACCCACUGCCGCCAGUUGGUUCCGCACGUGAUGCGCGAAAACGAUGUCAUCUGCGGCUAAACCUGAGCAUUCUACCAGAUCGCAGAGGUCUCUUGGUGUCUGUUAAUUUUGAGUGUGGUUUGAGAAGAUACCAAGAUGCGAAGAAAAACCUGAGACUUGAACGUUUCGGUUUUUCGGUUCCUCGAGGAGCUUCGAAUGUCAGAAGUAAUGUGCAAAUGUGAAGUUCUGAGAGGUCGUCAACGACGAAUGGUGUGCAAAUGGCUUCGAGGCUCUGGUGGGAACUUUUACUCACUGCCAAGAAGAGAAAGAUUGCGACCUUGGCCUCGGAGAUUCUGCUCCUAGACAUUGUCGAUUGUUGGCGAUGUCGGUUAAUUUCUUGGAAUGAGUUCACCCAGUCUGAAGUGUGCAAGUACCAUUGAAGAAAUUCAUGGUGAUGCUGCCAAUUGCCUGCAAGCAACGGCAUCCUUACACAGGAAAGAAAGCUUUCUCAUCACACAUUUACUUCCACUUUUGCUGACUUUUGCUGAAAGGAAGAUGCGCUCAUUGUUCAUGAGAAAGCUCUGUCGACAGCUGACUGGCAUCAAAAGCAGUGAUGCCAUUCAGAGUGCCAGUCUGAUGCAUUACUUCCACCAUCAAUCUCCUCGGAAGCAGAUGCACUCAUGCUCAACUUCACAUUUCACUCGUGAAGCUGCUCAUGAGUUGAGCUUGCUUGCAGGAAAUAUGUUGAACAAUUCGAGGCAUUCCUUCUACUCUUCUUAUUCUUUUUAUUGGUUUUGAGAUAUUCAUGAAACGGUAUGUGAAUGAUACUGUGGACUACAGAACACGGCUGUCUGUAUAGAAGGCUUCAGAAUGGUAUGUGUGAGAUUCUAUGCUUGCCAUGAUCAAUGAAUCUGUGCUCUUCUUUAGAUUGUUUCAUCAGAUUGGUAACAGCAAUAGCUUAUUCUACUUUCUACUCAUUCUUUACCAUACAUUUGUGACUAAUUUACAUAAUAAGUUGAUUUUGAGUUC